AGUCCUGAGCUUUCAAAAACCUUGUAGAAGAAAGUUGGGGUUACGUAGGAGAAAUGAAUCAACCUAAAAUCAAGCGUCGUGUGGGUAAAUACGAGGUGGGAAGAACUAUUGGGGAAGGCACAUUUGCGAAGGUGAAGUUUGCUAGAAAUUCCGAGACUGGGGAACCAGUGGCACUUAAAAUUCUUGAUAAAGAGAAGGUUCUCAAGCACAAAAUGGCUGAACAGAUCAAGCGGGAAAUAGCUACAAUGAAGCUGAUAAAGCAUCCGAAUGUUGUUCGUUUACAUGAGGUAAUGGGAAGCAAGACAAAGAUAUUCAUUGUAUUGGAGUUCGUUACCGGAGGAGAGCUGUUUGAUAAAAUUGUAAAUCAUGGUCGGAUGAUUGAAAAUGAAGCCCGGAGAUACUUUCAGCAACUCAUCAAUGCUGUUGAUUAUUGCCAUAGCAGGGGUGUCUACCAUAGGGACCUCAAGCCUGAAAAUUUGCUUUUGGAUGCAUACUGUAAUCUCAAAGUUUCUGAUUUCGGAUUGAGUGCGGUGUCUCAGCAAGUCAGGGAUGAUGGUCUCUUCCACACUCCCUGCGGAACACCAAAUUACGUCGCACCUGAGGUCCUUAACGAUAGAGGUUAUGAUGGUGCUAUGGCAGAUCUCUGGUCAUGUGGAGUCAUACUCUUUGUCUUGCUCGCCGGGUACUUGCCGUUCGAUGAUUCUAAUCUUAUGAACCUAUAUAAGAAGAUUUCGGCAGCCGAAUUCACUUGCCCCCCUUGGCUAUCUUUCAGUGCAAUGAAAUUGAUAACUCGAAUCUUGGAUCCGAACCCCAUGACUCGCAUUACCAUUCCGGAAAUUUUGCAGGAUGAAUGGUUUAAGAAAGGUUAUAAACCUCCCAAAUUCGAGGAGAAAGACGGUGCCAACUUCGAUGACGUCGAAGCUGUUUUUAAGGAUUCCGAAGUAAGUGGACAUUGUCUUUCCAAACGAAUAACUGAUGUAUCGGUGCACCAUGUGAUGGAAAAGAGAGAAGAAGAACAACCAAUAACUAUGAAUGCUUUCGAGCUAAUUUCUAUGUCGAAAGGGUUAAACCUCGGGAAUCUGUUCGAUGCAGAACAGGGAUUCAAGAGGGAAACGAGGUUUACGUCUAAAUGUCCGGCUGAUGAGAUCAUCCAUAAGAUUGAGGCCGCCGCAAAGCCUCUCGGCUUCGAUGUCCACAAGAAAAACUACAAGAUGAGACUCGAGAACUCAAAGGCCGGAAGGAAAGGAAACCUUAAUGUGGCGACGGAGAUAUUUCAAAUGGCACCUUCUUUACAUAUGGUCGAGUUGCGGAAAUCAAAGGGGGACACACUCGAAUUUCAUAAGUUCUAUAAAAACCUUUCAGCAUGUCUUGAAGACGUUGUCUGGAAAACUGAGGAGGACAUGGAAGAAAGAAAAUAAAACAAACCCAACUGUAAUGACUUUGAUCUUUUUGUUCAUGCUUUUUGUUGUGCCCAUUGUUUCCCAACUGUAAC